CUAUCCUAUGGUUUGAUGUAAUUCUUAAUUAUACAUGUUGUAGUUUUCCCCCAAAUUAGAAUCAGAAAUUUUGUAACACUUAUGUUCGAAAUUUACAGAAUUGACUACUUCAUCCAAAUCAUGGAUCAAGCUCUUUACUCGCUUGAGACAAGAUUCGAACAAUUCCAAAGGUAUGAACAAAUAUUUGGGUUUUUGUUUGAUUUGAAAAAGUUGCAGUCGGCGAGUGAUGAUAGUUUGAUGGCAUCUUGUACCAACCUUAAAGAUGCUUUAACUCAUGGAACACAUUCAGAUAUUCUUGCUAGUGAUCUCUUUUAUGAACUAAAAAUUCUAAGAGAAGCUUUACCCAAGGAAGUUAGGAGGCCUAUUGAAGUGUUAGACUUCUUGCAAAAAGUUGAAGGUUGUUAUCCUAAUUCAUGGAUUGCUUAUCAAGUAUUGUUGACAAUUCCAGUUUCGGUUGCAUCUGCGGAAAGAAGUUUUUCAAAGCUGAAAUUGAUAAAAUCUUAUCUUCGUUCGAGUAUGUCACAAGAAAGGUUAAGUGACUUGGCGAUCUUAUCUAUCGAAAGAGCAUUGGUUAGAGAAGUUGACUUUGAACGUUUGGCUAAUGAUUUUGUUGGGAAGAAAGGAAGAAGAAUUACGCUUUAGAACUAUUUUUAUGUUUUGUUUUUUUUCGUAUUUUCGUCAUAUGACAAUUUAUCUUU